AUGGAUGACGAUGAUAUGUGUUUCAAGCUUUGGCGCAUCCGAAAAACCGUGAUGGCCAUGUGCCACGAUCGAAAGUACCUCGUAGCGCAACGAGAAUUGGACCAGACGCUGGAGCAAUUCAAAGCGGAAUUCGGCUCCCAGCCGAGUCAGAAUCAGCCAAGUCGAAAAGACUUGACGAUUAUUGUCUGCCACUCGGACGAUCCCACUGAUCAGAUGUUUGUCUUCUUCCCUGAAGACCCCAAGGUGACGAUCAAGCAGGUAAAAAUCUACUGCCAGCGAAUGCAGGAAGAAAACAUUACUCGAGCUAUUAUCGUCAUUCAACAGAGUAUGACUCCUAGUGCGAAACAAGCACUGGAUGACAUGGCGCCAAAGUACACUUUGGAGUCGUUUUACGAGCAGGAGUUGAUGAUCAACAUCACCGAACACGAGUUGGUACCGACCCACGCCGUUUUGACGGACGACGAGAAGAAGGAAUUGCUCAAGCGAUACAAGUUGAAAGAGUCGCAGCUCCCGCGAAUCCAGAAAUCGGACCCAGUCGCUCGAUACUUUGGCGUCCAGCGCGGCCAGGUCUUUAAAAUCAUCCGAAGAUCCGAAACUGCGGGAAGAUACGUCACCUACCGUCUGGUGACAUAG